AUGGAAUCUAGUUAUGUGUCUCCACUAGCGGCAACUGUGCAGGCGCUGAGUCUUCUGGCUGUUGCUCCUGCUUCUUCUGACAGCCGGAAGGACCUGGCGAAGCAAGAGCUGCUGCGGCGGAUAGAAUUGUUGUUGCAGGAGCAACAGCUGCUGCGACGGGAGCAGCAGCUGAAGGAGCACCAGGAGCCUCACUGGCAAGCACAAUGCGAUCACCAGCAUAGGCAGCCUAUAGAAGAACACGUGCAGCACCAACAGGUGCAGCACCAGCAGCAGGAUCAGCAGGACCAGGGCCGCCAACAGCAAGACCAGCAACAGCAGGAGCCGCAGCGAUGGGUGUCGCAAUGGGAAGGCGACGACACGACACAAACGGAGGUGCUGGAGCAUCUGGAGGAAGCAUUGUUGCUGCUUUGCUGCCAGAAGCCUCCUCCUGCGUUGCAGCAGCAACUGCUUCGGGUAUUGCUACUGCUUGUACAUUCCACUGAGGACUGUGGUGUUUGGCAUCGUGUUGCUGCUCGGCUUCUGGCAGCAGCAGGUGAAGGGCUUCAUUUUCCCCCCUCUGUUUCUGCUCCACUUGCUGCAGCUGCCACGCCACCCCCGACGGCAGCUGCAGCUGCUGCAGCUGCAGCAGGCACAAAGAAGGUUUUGUCUGCUCUCCCUCCUCUGCUGCUGUGUGGAGAGUUGUUUAGGGCGUGCCCGCAGGCGCUGUCUCCGCUGCUGCCGCUGCUGGUUGCUGUGGGAUCGAAGCUGCUGCAGUCACCAGCAGCACCGGCGGCUGCAACAGCAACAGAAACAGCAGCAGCAGUUGCUAAGGCCUUGAGGACCGCAGUGUCGGCAACGGGAGCGUGCGGAGAAGCACUGGCUGAAAAGCUCUUCUCUCUGACAAGGUCCUGCCUUCGCUGCAGCGCCGGCAGCCACAGACGCAGCAGCAGCCGCACUAGUAGCAGCAAAACUAGCACUAUCAUCAAAAGUAAUAAUAUACAUGCUGCUUCUGAAGCGGCUAGAGAGGCCCUGCUGCUGCUCCAGCAAGUUGUUUGGGCGUUCCCUCGAGGUGUAUCUCUACCUCAUGGCGAGGCCUUUCCAAGUGCUGUCCUCGCUGCUGCUGCACCAGAACCCGCUACGGCUGCUUCAGCGGCAGAGAAUGAACAUCUGCUCGCAGAAGCACAGGAGAACGUUCCGCAUGCCGCAGCAGCUCUUGCAGCCCUUCUAGCUGCCAAGGCCGUAGUAGGCAUGCAACAGCACCAGCACCAGCAGGUGAAGCAGCAGCGAAUGCAGGUGCAGCAGCAGGAAAAGGAAGAGGAGGAACAACAGCAGGGUUCACACAGUGCUAUCGACGAGCCAACGGAUCUUACGGCGACCAGCAACAGCGCAUCGGACUUCGCAUCGCUUUCAUUGGGUCAGUGUAUGACUGCUGGUGCAGCAGCGGCUGCUGCUUCACCAGCUACUACAGAGACUUUUUAUUCCGAGGUGCACAGGGUUGAAGAUGCCUUCACUUUCCUGCGGAGGCAGUGGCUGCUGCUGAGUGCAGGGGCAGUGGUGGAUGCCAAGAAGGGAUCGGCGGCGUCUGUAGCAGCAGGGAGGUACGUUCCGUUGCUGCAGCCGCAACAGCACGGUCCGUUUCUGCUGCAUCUAAAGGCGAGGCAGCGCGGUUUACUACGUCAGGCGAUUGCCGCUGCCGUGCCGUGCCUUUGCCGUUUCUUGCUGCGGUGUUUUUCGCCUGUCUCUCUCGUCAGCAUGUCACUGGAGUGUCUGUUCACUUUGUUGACGCAGCUGGCAAAAGCUGAGUCUCACUGCCGUUGCAGCGGAAGGGAAGGGGCAUCCAAGGGUUUGCAGGAUCAAUGCGUAGUGACCUGCACCUGCUGCUGCAGCUGCAACAAAAAUCUUUCUCCAGGUGUUUGCUGUCUGUCCCUGGAGACGCUUCACUCGCAGGUGCUCGUGUCGCAUGCCGCACAGCAACUGCUUCCGCUGCUGCAUACGCAGCAGCAACUGGACUUGGUCGAUUGCUUAAGUCGGGCAAUAGCAGCAGCAGCAACGGGAGUGACAGCUCCGCAAGGCCCCAUUGAAGCAAGAGGGUGUGCCAGCAACAGCACCAAUGGUGGCAGCUUCACGCACCCGCUGCUAUUCCGUGCUGCCUUGAAUAUAUUAGAGGCUACUAUCGUCGCUGCUUCAGAGGAUGGCAUGGUGUCCUUCCCGCCUUCAUUGCAUAUGGCCCUUGUCUCCAUUCUCACUGUAGAGAAUUCACUGCAGCAGGAGCAGCUGCUGCGGUGCGCUCUUUGGCCAGCAGUGCAGCGCCAAGCAGCUGCCUGCAUCUGGCGCAUCCGCUCCCUUUCUGGAUGCUAUUCGGCAGUUUACGCAUUGAAGCUUGGUCUGAUGCACGCAGCAACAACAGCGGCACAGGCCGCCCUCCAGACAACGAGUGUACAAGGCACGCAGCUCGAUGCCCUUCAGUUUGCAGGGCUGUGGGGUGCCUCCCUUGGCCUCGCUGCUUCCAUCGCCAUUGCUUCUCCCACACAACCGCCGACGCCAGCAACUGCAGAAGCGGUAGCAGGUUCGUCUGUACCUGCUGCAACAAUAGUAGAUGCAGCAACGGCGUCAUACACAAACGAAGGAGACCACAACAACAUUACCGCUCUACUGGGCCUGCUGGCAAGGGGGGGGUCCGAAGCGCGAGCGUGCUUCUUCCUGCUGGCAGAGGCCUUGCUGCAGCUGCCCGCUGGUGCUUCUGGAGCUCCUGGAGGUUUUGCCGCGGCAGCAAGCUCUGCUGCAUUUCCUGUGGGCAACGAAGAUACGGAUCAGGCAAUGCUACUGUCACCGGUAGUUUGCUGCUUUCUACGUUUCUGCCGCAGAGCUUUGUCUCUCAGUGACCCCAGAAGUAGCAUCAGCCGUCUCCUCCGCAUCGCAUCUGCUGCUUCUGCGGCGACAGGAUGUCCAGAAGCUACGCAGCACACGCCCGAAGCUGCCUGCCCUGAUGUAGCAGGCACUAGAUCGGGCGCAGGAGCCGAAACGCCAACAGCAAACACGGCAGGCGCAGCAGCAUCGGAGGCAGUAGGGAAAUGCUUGCUGUUGGAACUUGCCUGUGCAUUCAAGGCUCUCACUGCAUUCCUGCGGCAACAUCCAGAAGCAGCAGCAGCAACCAUAACGCAUGAUGUGGAUACUGUCCCCGAUUUCUUGACAUUGGUCAUUGAGGUUUCCUUUAUUGUGUGCUGUUGCCGCUGCGGCAGCAGCAACAACGAGGAGCACUCUCUGCAGAGCGUUGUCAUGUGUAAGGAAGGAACGUCGGAGACAAGGGAGCAACAACUACAGCAGCUAGUGUGCUGCCGUUGCUUCUGCAGGACCGCUUCCAUGCCGGUUGUUGCUGCAUACGCUGGGCUUGAAGCAGCAGUACUCGAGGCCAUGUCUCUCUUGCCGCACGUCCAGAUUCACUGCAACAACCAGCACCUUCAGCAGCUGCUGCUGCAUACGGCUCUAGCUGCUGUGACUAUUCCAGAUAAGGAAGCUUUUUUGUUUCCUUCAGCUGCAGUAGCCUGCUGUAUCAGCCCAAUAGCCAUAGCUCCAGCAGCAGCUCUACGUGCUGCUUCACUGGAGCAGCUACAGCUACAGCAACAUCUUGUGCAGCAUCUACUUUUGCAACAGCAACAGCAGGGGGCGGUAGAUCCAGCCCUUUUCAUAGGGUGUGGCACUGAAGUCGACAGCCUGCGGGGGCCUUCGCUGUGGGAGGCACAGUGGCGCUGCUUUGCCGAUGCGACUACGGCUGCUUUCAAUGCCUUGAGGCUGCCGUCCCUUGUCGCAACACCAGCUCCUGCAGAAGCAGCAGUUUGUGCAACAGAAACAGGUUGGAGAGCAGAAUACCCUCCGCAGGUCCUCCGCGUUCUGCAAGGAGCUUUGCUGCUUCGUCGCCUCUUUGAGGGCUGCAGCAGCUGUUCUCCCGCAGCAGACGCAGCCUUGCAACAGACUGCAUGGGCGGCCUGCUGUUUCUGGGGAACGAAAGCGCUUCCACCUGUGUCCCUUGAUGCUCCGUCUGUCCACCGCAUUGGCUACCGCAGCAAAGUUGAGGCAGGAAAGGCAGGAACUGCUGUCGGUGUUGCUGGGGUGCAUCACGGAACGUCUGCGGGCCAGAAGGCCAGCAGACCGCAGCACUUGCUGCAGCGUUUCGGCCUUCCGCGGCUCAAGAAGAAAACCAUUUGUGUUGCUUCAGAUGCUCCUUUUUCUUCUGAUGCCUACUUUGCUGCGGACCGUGGUUCAAGCGACUUUCCUUCCCAGAGCCGCCAGGGUACCCUGCAAAUGGGUAUUAUUGCGGCGGUGCUGUCUGGCGUCUUCAGAGCAAGCCGGGCCUUGCUGAGCUUGCCGCUGCAGAAACAUCAGCAUAAGAAAAUUCCAUUGUCGGCUGUCGACACUCUGUGGUGCUGCUGCGAGAAGGCUCUUUCGCUGGCAUCCCCGCUCGAACGGCUUCUCUAUGCCGAUGCUGCUGGGGGUCUGUACUCCUGUAUGGAGGUUUUGGAUUCCCCACGGCAGCAGGAGCACCAGGAAGUGGCGGUAGCAACGGGUCUACAAGCCGUAAACAAGCAUAUUGAGGCCUUCUUACAGAGACCGUCGACAACAACGGAAACGGGGGUAGAAGAACUGCCGUUGCCCAUGAGUUCGGGCCGGCUCUGCAGUGUGUCUCUUCUUGCGGCUCGCCUGCUGCCCCUGCUGCGGAAUGCUGGUUCGUCCGCCACAACAUGUGCUAAUGACAACAGAAAGGGUUAUCAGGGCCUUCUGCAAAUGGCUGUGGCUGCAACUUCUUCAAUUGAGGCGGCAGUAGAGGUUGUUGCUGGUACCGAUACUGUGGCGACGGCAGCAGCGAAAGACAACGUAGCAGCAGCACGCGUAUCAUCCACCUGCGCGCUUCUUUGCGUUAUUCGCCUUUUAGGGGUCGCCUUCCCUGCCGUUGCCUCAGCGGCGGCUGCAGCAGCCAGGUCAACGGUCGACUCUCCAGCAUCUGCACAAGCAGACGCCAAACGUCUCUCGGGCUCCACGUCCUCAGAUGGCCAACCGAACCUGCAGCACAAGCAGCAACACGUGUUGCAGCAGAAGCUGUUUAGGACUCUGCAAUUCGCUUUUUUGUUGAGUUCGUCUCAGUCCCACCGAUCUCGUGCUGCAGUGCUAGCUGCUGAAGCGGCGAGGAAUUUGUUGCACUGCCUGCUUCAGCACGCUGAAGAAGCAGCUAGGGCCGGGCCUGAUGAGCUUUUGUCUGCCACUGAGGAUUAA